CAGACAUAGUGGCCUGUGAUGUUACAGACCCCGAUGGGAACCACUUUCAGGUGAUGGAAGAUGGACAGGUAUUAGUGUUGAACUAUAUCCCUGCUCCAAGUACACUUAAAGAGGGUGAGGAGGAGGAGCCAGAGGAGGAGGACAGAGAAAGGGCCAGGAUACAUGUUCAACACAGAGAACAUUGUCCCAGGCUGUUUCUGGUGCAUGAGGACGGCUCUGGUACUGAACUGCUGAGCUCUCAGACCGUUGAGGAGCUGCUCUACCAGGCUUACUCUGACCCCACCAUCGCACUGCUGAAGGAGCCACUGCCGGACACACAAGAUGAGUUUGGCAUCACCAUCCUUAAGCCUAGCCAUCAGAGCGUGUGGUCCCAGUGGUUGCUAGGGAAACAGAACCCGGACAUCACCCCUCCCAACCUCAAAAACCGCAGCUGGCAUGAUUUCCCUCAAACAGAGAGAGUGAGCCCGGGUCCUCCGUUUGGUACCCACAUGGGUCUAGGUUUGUUUCUGAGAGAGAGGUCCGCUGGCUCAGCAGCACAGCGUCAACCCGCCAGGAGCAGCCCUAAAGUCCUGGAGACGAGGGAGCUGUACCAGCACCGACCAAUCAACACACCACUCAGAAAUACUGUGGACUCACGACUGAAGGAUUACCUAGAGAGUUUGAUGGAGACGGAGCAGCGUUCAGAGGAGAUGAAGGUCAAAGACCCUCGCACUGAGGAGGAGAGCGCUCAUGCCAGCGAUCUGCUCAAUCUGGUCCUGUCUUUUGCAGAAGAAGAUACUGGAGGUCACACCUUUGACAAGAGGACUUCAGAGGAUAUAGCCAACCUGUACAGCCAAGGAGUCGGAGCUCUAGUUGAGCAGUCGGAUGUUUCAAGAGACACAGUCACAGUAGCUAAUGAGAGUUUUAUAAAUGGCAAAGAGUCUACAUGGACUAAAAGACUUGCACAGCACAGACAGGAGAAGUGUGAGGAUGAGGCUUAUAGAAAGUCUCUGAGGACAAAAAGCAUUGUUCCUUUUUUCUACCCAGAAAAUAUCCAAUUGUAUCAGGAGCUUCUCCAGCACCAAACACCAGACAUGAGGAGUCUAUCCAUGGAUCUCCCUCCGAUCCCCCGCUCAGACAGUGCUGAAGACUUCCUGAAAGACGCCCCACAGGAGAACACCCCACGACCCUUAAACCCAACACCCUCUCAAUCGGCAAGUCAUGCAGCAGGAAGUGAGAGGAGGCUUAAGGAAAGACCCAGCAACCCCACGCCUCACAGUGCUGGGGAACGCAGUGUGAGGGGUUCACCUGGGCAAAGCAAGUCGGUUCAGCUGGAUGUGACUGGAAAACUCAGAAGGACUAAAGUCAGACUCCCAACCUCUAUCCUCACCUCUAAACCUCGCAGCAUACCAAAUCAACAGUUCCUAUCAGUGGAGGAGCCGGUGAGGAGGAAGUGUCGGACUAUUUCUCUGACUGAUCCGAGUGUCAUAGCAAGGGGAUUCCAGCUGCUCCCCUCCACUGUUGACUUUGGCACUCUGCAGGAGGGCACCUCCUCUGCAAUUACUGUGGUGAUGAAGAACGUGGGUGCUGACACUUGCAGGUUCCAUGUGAAACAGCCUCCUGCUGCUACAGGCCUCCGUGUCAUCUACAACCCUGGGCCUGUGAGUUUCCAGCUGGGUGUAAUGAUUAAAUGU